GUGGCAGCUGUUGGGAAAUUUUAUCUCUUGGAGCACAAAGUGUCAUGUCGGUAUAAGUUCUCAUACCAUUGGUUGCCCGGCGUGGGGAUGACGGAUGGCGAGGCCCCUGAACGAAUCUGGGCAAUCUUGAAUGACAUCGGAGGCAGCAUUUGUGAGAUGACCUCAGGACAUUGUCACAACAUCAUCAAUGAUCACCACUCAGACAUGAAUGUGUGA